AUGAGCGAUGACGAAACGUUGUUUUUUAUUGACCAGAUUUUCCGCCGUAAAAGUCUAUGGGACAGGAAAGACAAGGGAUAUAAAAACAUAAUAGUCAAGGCCGAUAUGUGGAAUGAAAUCGCGGGGGUCAUGCAACAUCCUGUUCAAACUCUUAAAGAUAAGUGGACUUCCCUUCAGGCCACGUAUCGGAAGUAUCGCUCAAAUUAUAAUCGCAGUUUUGUAACCGGUUCUGGCGCUGAUGAAAUCGCACUUCCAACCUGGUGUGGGUACAGCGCUAUGAGGUUUUUGGACUCAACAACGGAGUGUGGGAUGACACUGAACACCUUGCCAGAUUUAGAGAUCGAGAUGUUGGACGAGGCCAAUGAACUCCAAUAUCUCGAUGGACCAUCCUCGGAAAAUGUUCCCGAACAUUCGCUACUUCCGGAAUUAGAUGGUACCACUGCACCGGAACCGCGUCCUUCUCACGCCUCACCUACGCGACAUACCACAGUACCACGUGCAUCAUCUCCACCACACAACCGUCGUAGACGCUACCAAGAAGGCAGUAUUGCCUAUACAGAGGAGGCGCUCGAAGCUUUAAAAACAGUAGGAACAGCCACCAUUGAACUUAUAAAUAAGUUAAAUACACCGUCGGAUGAAUUAGACGGAGUACGAGAAACGAUAAAAGAGUGGACACCCGAGCGCCGAAAGCGAUUUUUGGUGCGGGUUCGGCGUAUGGUAACCGAAGAAGAAGACAUUCGGUUUCGUCAAAAUUUCGGAUACCAGGCAUAGCAAUUUUUUUUUGUUUUAAGGUAAAACGGCCAGGCCGAAAUGUCCUACGUUUAGUUUAGUUUAUUGUUAAACUUCAUUAUCUAUUUUUUUGUUAAUUUCAUGAAUAUGAUGUAUAAAGAAAUAUAUCCACAAAAAAAAUUCACAUUUGGCAUUUACCCGACCAUAUCCUUCAGGCCUGGUACAAAAAAAAUUUUUCAACUGGGUUGGCCUUUGCCAUUUUCAUGACAAAAGCUGUCGACCGGAUUUCGACGAAUAUAGUUAGCUGCACAAUAUUUUUAACAGGUUAAUUUGUGACUAAAAAAAUAGUUUCGAACCGCAUCAAAGGUGCGAUCAUCUCUUGAGAUUCUAUGCGUGUGGCCAGGCUCAUAACGAGGGACUGACAUGGUUGGCCUCCACCAAAAAUCGUAGUUUGAAAUCUAAACUUGGAAAUACAAUUCGAACAAGCAACUUUCAAGACGCCUUUCGCAUGCUAACUUAACCCAUAGGGAUUCGGUACCGUUCCUACUAUGUGAAGACUGGCAUCGCUAUCGCCUUGGUCAUCAAUUUAUCAAUAUUCGAAAUAUUCUUUGGUCUCGGUCUCGGUCCAUCUAGUUAGUAAUUUUUCUUUAGUUGCUUACCUUU